CGAGAGAACCAUCGUUUCAGUACCAACGCAUUCAGUCAAUGAAGACUUUCGUCGGAUGAGAGUCGCGCGUUUUUUGGUGCGUGUCAUCCCGGCUUUUACCGAUUUUGCAAUUGCGUGACUUAAAAGCCAUAAUUUUUCUUUUGUGAUGCACGUGACUUUUUAAAAAUCAGUAAGCAUAAUGGAUCAUCUUUAUAGAUACCGAAGAUUUUCGUUACCUAAGAGAACAAGCGAACUGGUGGCCUUGGUGGCUGUAUCUACAACCCUGUUCCUAUUCUUGCACACCAGAGACCUGAACACCAAACUGAGGGAGAUGGAAGUGAGACUGCAACCAGAAGACUUAUUGACAUCCAAUCAACUUUUUUCAGGUGAUAGUGCUCCAGAAAAAGUCCCAUCAGGAGUCAAAGCUAUGAUGAAACUACUGCAAAGCACUGGAGAGAUGUCCUCCCUGGAACCUGACCAACUGAACAACACUAAAAAAGCCCAACAAGACGUAGUGUUCUUUAAUAGAGUCCCAAAGGUAGGCUCUCAAACCUUAAUGGAGCUCUUGCGCAGACUUAGCAUAAGAAACCAGUUUGGAUUCCACCAAGACAGAGUGCAGAGGGUGGAAACAAUUAGAUUAGCUCCUGAAGACCAGGCAGCUCUCUCAGCUUUGGUAUCCAGCUAUGAACCUCCUAGUGUUUAUAUUAAACACGUCUGUUUUACUAAUGUCUCUUCAUUUGGCUUGCCCGAGCCGAUCUAUAUUAAUCUUGUAAGAGAUCCAGUGGAGAGGGUUAUUUCUUGGUACUACUACGUGAGGGCACCCUGGUACUAUGUGGAGAGGAAAAUUGCUUUUCCGGAUUUGCCACUUCCGGAUCCAAAAUGGCUCAAGAAGGAUUUUGAACAAUGUGUUCUAUCGGGCGAUAGGGAAUGCCGCUACAUCCGUGGCGAGAUCCGCGAGGGAAUAGGAGACCAUAGGAGACAAUCGAUGUUCUUUUGUGGACACCAUGUUGAUUGCCUACCCUUCAACACUGAGGGUGCCUUAGAAAGGGCGAAACGUGCUGUAGAAGAGAACUAUGCUGUGGUGGGGGUGUUGGAAGAAAUGAACACCACUCUGACAGUUUUAGAAAAUUAUAUUCCAAGAUUUUUCGAGGGUGCUUCAGAUGUUUAUUGGAAUGAAAUAAGCCGAUAUAAUCCAAUAAAUAAAAACAAUUUCAAGCCUCCGGUGAGUGAAGAGGUGAAGGAUAUCGUGAGGAAAAACUUUACUAAAGAAAUCGAGUUUUAUCAGUUUGUUAAGCAACGGUUGCACAAACAAUAUGUUGCUUUGAAACUGAAGAAGCCUUAAGGGUUGUAAAUAGUACAAUUUAGUAAGUUAUAGUAUUUAGGCAAGUGUUUGUGAUUGUACUAUAGUUGGUUAGACUUGUACAUAUUAUUUAUAAAUACGAUUUUAUACGUUUUUGUAUUUUAAUAAAUGUUGGUUUAAG